AUGCCAGGUAACGGUAUCAAGACUGCCAUCCCAAACCUUGGAGAAGUUGCUCGUGCUUUGAACCGUCCUCCAUCAUACUUGGUCAAGUUUUUCGGUUAUGAAUUGGGUGCCCAAACACAAAUCGAUAGAUUCUUGGUCAAUGGUGCUCACGAUACAUCUGAAUUACAAGACUCAUUGGAUGGAUUCAUCAACAAGUUUGUUCUUUGUGGAUCAUGUAAGAACCCAGAGACCGAAAUCGUUCUUAAAGGAAAGGACACUUUGGAAAGAGACUGUAAAGCUUGUGGUAAAGUUACCAUUGUUGAUCCAAAACACAAAUUGUACUCAUACAUUGUCAAGAACCCACCAGACAACAAGAAGGGUAAGAAGUCCGCCACUGCUACUGCCAACGUGAUUGGAGGUGGUAAAUCGAUUUCCGAUAUUGCUGCUGGCCAUGAAAAUGACGGUUCUGCUGCAGUUGAAGGUGGAGAAGGUGAUGAUGAUGAUGACGAUUUGUUGGCCAAGAAGAUUAAUGCCGAAGCCGCUCAAUUAGCCGAGUUGAAGAUCAAGGACGAUGAGUGGGCUGUUGACAUGUCUCAAGAGGCUAUUGCCGCAAGAGCCAGAGAAUUGGAGAGCGGGUUGAAUGCCACAGUUAGCAAGUUUGAUGAAUUUGGUGAAUGGAUCCUUUCAGAGUCUGGCGAGUCCACUGAGAAUUUGCCUUCUGAUGUUGAGAUUUACAAAAAGAUUGUUGAAUUGGACAUUGUUGAGGACCCAGAAACUUUGCAAGUUUUGGCACAAACAUUGUUUGAUGAGGAUAUUCUCAAUCAAAUCGAGCCACACGUUGGUUUGUUGGCCAAGUUGAUCAAUGGAUCCGAAGAAUUUGAAAAGUCUUUGCUUGGAGGAUUGGAGAGAUUUAUUGGUAUUACAAAACCAGAGUUGAUUCCACAAACUCCAAAGAUUUUGCAUGGAUUCUACGACAGAGAUUUGCUCAGCGAAGAGGUUAUUAUUCCAUGGGGAUCCAAAGUCUCUAAGAAAUACGUACCGAAGGACAUUUCUAAAAAGGUGAGAAAGGCAGCAAAGCCAUUCGUGCAAUGGUUGCAAGAAGCUGAGGAGGAAGAGAGUGACGAAGACGAGGAAUAA